AUGGCGUCCGCGUGCGGGCAGAGCGUGUUUGGCUUCGGUGCUGAUCUCGACCGGCGGCCUACCAUAUUCGUGCCUGCAUUGCCUUCCGAAAGCUUGUGCUCGCUGUGUGGCAUGUUGCCCGCGGCGUCAUUCAUGUUGCCCUGCAUGCAUCGACUGUGCGGAUCGUGUUUCUUCCAGUGCCGCCAUAUUAGCGACCAUUGCCCCAUAGACCAGCGAGUCUUCAGGCAGGAGGAAGUGGCUCCCGCGCUCAUCAAGAAGGAAGCCAUUCUCGACUUCAGGAUACGCUGCUGGAACGCGGGCAACGGUUGUGACGCCGAGGACGCCGUUUCCGUCAUGCUGGACCACUUUGCCAACGCCUGUAUGUUCCACACCGUGAACUGCCAGAAGUGCGGCGUGAAAAUACUGCAUCGGGAACUACCGGGUCACGUGAUGUCUGGCUGCGCCGCCACGUCCUCUCCUGCAAGGUACGUAGAUGACAACGCCUGCAGUCAGCGGCUCGACCUGUGCGCACGUGUCUGUUUCGUGGACUGA